GUCUUUGAUCUGGAUACAACCCGAGUCUCACAUAAGCUAUACUGGAUUCUGACCAACCCCACGUUCAGAGCUAAAUCCACCUCCAGCUUUCACCCCCGCCCCAGAGGACACCAGCUUGCAAACGUGUGCGUGUAUCUUCAUAACAGGGAAUGUGGAGAUCAAGUCCUGCUCCUCUCUGGGUAGCGGGCACACGAACUGGACCUUGUUCCUAAUAGUCUAGACUGGAGUUAGGAACAAAGUAUAAUCGAGUAUUUCUUAACUCUGUCAAGUGGGACAAUUAGGUAACAUGAAGUGGGGUUUGGUGCUGGUGGAGUUACUGCUGUCCUUUGGCUAUCUGUGUUGGGGCAAGAAGGGCCUUGAAGUCCCCGAAUAUGAUGGGCUGGACCGUGUCCAUCAACUUACGGACAAAAACUACAAGUUUGUGAUGAAGCAAUACAGCGUCAUGGUGAUCUACUACCACAAACCUAUUGGUGUGGACCGCAUGGCCAAAAAGCAGUUUGAGGUGGAGGAACUCGCUUUGCAGUUGCUAACAAGUCCCGCUGCUCUCACCUACCAGCUCGCCGCCCAGGUGCUCGAUGAUUACCAAGAAGAAGACAUUGGAUUUGCCCUGGUGGACUCGAAGAAAGAUGCUGCUGUUGCUAAGAAUCUGGGUCUGGAUGAGGUGGACAGCAUCUACAUAUUUGCUGACAAUGAGAUCGUGGAGUAUGAUGGAGAACUGGCAGCCGACACUCUUGUGGAAUUCCUCUAUGAUGUCAUUGAGGAACCUGUGGAGAUCAUCUAUAAUGAGAGAGAGCUCAAAGGGUUUCAUAAUAUCGAUGAUGGCAUUAAACUGAUGGGCUUCUUCAAGAGUGCAAGAUCUCCACACUUUAUUGAGUAUGACGAUGCAGCGGAGGAAUUUCAUCCUUUCAUCAAGUUCUUUGCCACCUUCGAGCCAAAGAUUGCUAAAAAAUUAAACCUGAAGCUGAACGAAGUGGAUUUCUUUGAACCUUUCAUGAAAGACCCUAUCACCAUCCCCGGCAGUCCUUACAAAGAAAAUGACAUUGUCAGCUACAUCGAGCAACACCACCGUCCGACUCUAAGAAAAAUGGAGCCUCACAGCAUGUAUGAGAUCUGGGAAGAUGACAUUAAUGGACAACACAUUGUCGCCUUUGCUGAAGAGUCUGAUCCUGACGGUUAUGAGUUCCUGGAAAUCCUAAAAGAAGUGGCUCAAGACAACACGGACAACCCUCACUUAAGCAUCAUCUGGAUCGAUCCAGACGACUUCCCGCUGCUGGUGCCAUACUGGGAGAAUACCUUUGGCAUUGACCUGUCAUCUCCUCAGAUCGGUGUGGUGGACGUGGAGGAUGCUGACAGUGUGUGGAUGGACAUGGAUGAUGAAGAGGACAUGCCCACAGCAGAGGAGUUGGACACCUGGAUCGAAGAAGUGAUGGCAGGCAGAAUCCACCCUGAUGAUGAUGACAAUGAUGAUGAUGACGACGAUGAUGAUGACGACGAUGAUGAUGACGAUGACGACAAUGAUGACGAUGAUGACGACGACGACGAUGAUGAUGAUGACGACGACGAUGAUGACGACGACGACGAUGAUGAUGAAUAAAUCCUGCCUCUAUCUCAGUCAAAACAUUGUCAUCAUAUGCAGAUGUUCACAGUGGUGUAGUCUGAAACUCUGGAGUCUAUCCAUGUUCACAUCAUCACACUGUUUGCUAAUGAAAACUUCUUUGCAUGGUCAUUAGUAUGCAAACUCAUUCUUCAGGAAAUAAACAUCACAUUCAAGUUUGUUCGUGUUUAUGUACGAGCCAAAGGUGUGGUAAACUGUAUAACAACUGAUUGCAUAAAAGUUUUAUUUUAUGAGAGAGCAGAUUAAUUCAUCCUCACUAUAAAGUCUUAACCUUCCACGCUCUGGGAUGUCACUGGAAAAUUAAAAAGUUACAAAAGA